CCGAAUUCCACGCAUCCAUCACUGGCAAUGCCUGGCUUCGGUACUUGGUAGAGACGUUUGCCACAAGGUGGGGAACCCGGUGCAUUUGACAGCAUCCCCGACCUCAGGCGGCGUCCGUUCGGGCGGACAGCCGCUGCUUGUAAAUCAGGGUCCCACUUCGGUCCUCUGUUCGGCACCGAGCCCCCGAAUAUAUACAAUACCCAGGCAGCAAAGACCGCAGAACCUCACAACCCAGCAACAAAUUGGCCAACAGCAUGUCAUCUCACAGGAUCCUCAUCACCGGCGGCUCAGGCUACCUGGGCGGAACACUGCUCGCCCGCUGGAAGGAGGCAGGCCUCCCAGCAGCAUAUGACAAGCUCUAUGCGCUGGUGCGGACGGACACACAGGCCGAGGCCGUCAAGCAGUACGGUGCCGAGCCCCUGGCGUUUAACACUCUGGACGAGGCUGCUGUCCGGAAGGCGGUCGUGGACCUCGGUAUCACCAUCGUAUACUACAUGAUCGAUGCUCUGAGGAGCGAAGCGCCGAUGAACUUCAUCAAGGCGCUGGCUGAGGUCAAGCGGGCGACGGGCCAGGAGGUGCACUUCUUACACACAACCGGGGCAAAGGUGUUCUCGUCUCACGCUGGCGCACCAACUAAUGCACCGCUUCUGGAUACAGAUCCGGAGCUGUACUCCGUCCAGAAGACCCAGGCGGAGACAGCACCACUCGAAAUAAUGAAGCAGGCCAUAAUCGUCAAUAAUACUGUUACCGAGGGAGGCGAGAUGCACGGAGUCCGCACCUACAUCUUCGUACCGUGCAUUGUCUACGGCAGGGGCGAGGGCUUCGGAAACAUCAUCUCGAUCCAGACGGUGGCCAUCGUCAAGGCAGCACGGGCGAUGAAAAGGAUGUACAAGGUCGACCAGGGACAGCCCACAUGGCCCGUCUGCCACGUCCUCGACAACACCACCCUGUACAUCGAGAUCCUCCGCCAGAUCCUCGACGGCAAGGAUCCAGGACACGGCAAGAAUGGGUACUUUCUCGCGUCCCCGGGCAGCGUGGCCUGGGACGACCUCUACACGGCCAUGGCCGCGGCGCUGGCCAAGAGGAACAUCAUUGGGGACGACUCGGUCGUGCCGGCGAACCGCAGCAUCUUAGAGCAGAUGGGAGCGGCGCUUGAGUCCCCGCCUGAGCUUGUGCCGAUGCAUAUUGGCGGUUUAUGUACUUUCACUGCUGAGCGCGGCAGGAAGAUUGGUUGGAAGCCGCAGUACCCGCCAGAGCAUAUCCUCGAGGAUGCAGACAACGAGGUCCAGCUUAUCUUGGACAACCUGUAGAGCUUGAAGUUGUCAAUGGACCAUAACUGGUCAGAACAGCUGCAACUCCAUGGUUGUCUUCUUGGCCGGAAUGUGUGCCUUGG